AUGAAUAUUUGCGGCGAUAAUGGAAUUGGCAGAAAUUUUGCUGUAAUAACGUGUGAAUCAUGCAAAGCAUUUUUUAGACGCUUUGGACUCAGAAAUAAGAUAUUGAAUUGUCCCUCAAAUGGUAAUUGCAAUAUAAAUACAUUGACGAGAAAAUCAUGUCAAAAAUGUCGACUCGAGAAGUGCUUUGCGCUCGGAAUGAGAAAAGAUUUUAUUAGAAGUGAUGAGGAAAAUGAUAAGCGAAGGAAACUUAUCCGAGAAAACAAAUUAAAACAUGAAAAUUGUGUUCAUUUGACCGAAACCUCAAUCUCUUCGGUCUCUUCUUUUACCGAUUCUUCAAAUGAUUUAAUUAUUUUCGAUGAAAACAAAGAGAAAGACAUUUUGGAUGAAUUGCUCGACAAUACAAUUGACAUCAAUUUAGAUGAAUUGAACGCUGAAAUUACAGACAUUGAGAACAGUAUUACAGACAUUAAAAUAAAUGAUGAAUCGCUAGAAAACCAAAUCAACAAAAACAUAGCAAUUGUUCCCAUGUUUAGGGAAAUCACGGAUUAUAACGGUUUGAAUGAAUUGGAAAACAAUAGGGUAUCGGAACUGACGAGCGCUGCCGUUGUACUCAACUAUAAUAUAUCUGAAAAUAUAAUACAAUUAAAUAGUUUUGAAGAAGUGGUUAAAAUGUGUAGCCCUAAGCAAGAGUGUUUUGCUGUGGACAUGGUCAAUUUCAUUAAGUCACUGUCCGGAUUUAAUAGGAUAUGCUGUGAAGAUAGGGUGGCGCUAAUGAAACAUGGUUUCAAUGAAUUGAUAGGUGUCCGGAGCCUUAAGUAUUACAAUAAACAUACGGAGAAUUAUUACAUGCCUUUAGACGAGGUGAAUACUGCCCAGAUAAAUUUGAGUGUACUGGAAUUUGGUCAUGUUAAAUAUGCUGAAAAAUUAACUGCAAUAAUACUCUAUAACCCUAAUCGACCGAAUCUAAUGCAUAAACAAAGUGUUAAACUCGAACAACAACUUGAUAAGAAAUGGUAUAAAAUAUGUGAAGUUUGCGGCGAUAAAGGAAUUGAGAAAGAUAUUUUGGAUGAAAUACUCGACAAUACAAUUGACAUAAAUAUGGAUGAGAUUAACGAUGAGAUCAAAAAUAUUGAACAAAAUAUUACAAACAAUUUAAUGUCGACCAUAAGAGUUAAACAAAAAUGCGAAAACACGGCAAUUGUUCCCAUGUUUAGGGAAAUCACGGAUUAUAACGGUUUGAAUGAAUUGGAAAACAACCGGUUGUCGGAGCUGUCGAGCGCUGCCGUUGAAAUGCUAAGAGGCUGUGGCCCGAGACAAGAGGGCUCAGUGCAGGACAUAAUUCAAUUUAUUAAAUCUCUGUCCGGAUUCAAUAGGAUAUGCUCUGAGGAUAGGGUGGCGCUAAUGAAGUACGGCUACAAUCAGUUGCUGUCAAUCCGGACACUAAAAUAUUACAAUAAAAGUAGUGCUAAUUUCUACGUCCCUUUAUAUUGUAAAGACGAGGCAAAUACUUUUGAGUUUAAUUUGCGUACUCGAACAACAACUUUGGUCUACACCUUAAAUAAAUUGUGUGAUAAGAAAUUACAUAAAAUCUGUGAAGUUUGCGGCGAUAAAGGAAAUGGCAGGAAUUUUGGUGUAAUAACGUGUGAGUCGUGUAAAGCUUUCUUUAGGCGCUUUGGUCUUAAGAAUAAGCCAUUGAAUUGUCCCUCAAAUGGUAAAUGCAAUAUAAAUCAAAUGACGAGAAAAAUAUGCCAAAGAUGUCGACUCGAGAAGUGUUUUGCGGUCGGAAUGAAAAAAGAAUUUAUCAGAAGUGAUGAGGAAAAUGAAAAACGAAAGGAAAUUAUUCGCGAAAAUAAGUUAAAACGUGAAAAAUGUAAUGAUUUGACCGAUUCUUCCGUCUCUUCGGUCUAUUCUUUUACCGAUUCUUCAAAUGAUUUAAUUAUUUUCGAUGAAAACAAAGAGAAAGACAUUUUGGAUGAAUUGCUCGACAAUACAAUUGACAUCAAUAUGAAUGAGAUUUGCGAUGAAAUGAUAGAAAUUGGAAAAAAAAUACAUGAAGUUAUAAAACAAGUGAAACAGAAAUGCGAAAACACAGCAAUUGUUCCCAUGUUUAGGGAAAUCACGGAUUAUAACGGUUUGAAUGAAUUGGAAAGCAAUAGGAUAUCGGAGUUGACGAGCGCUGCCGUUCAUCUAGCCAUAAGCAAGAGUGUUCAGUUAGCGUUAUUGAAGUGCGGCUAUAAUGAGUUGCUGUCAAUCCGAUACUUAAAAUGUCUCGAUGAGUGGAAUUAUGACGACCCUACAGCAAUUGACCUGUUAACAGCAAUAAUAUUCUAUAACCCGAAUCGACCGAAUCUAAUGCAUAAACACAAUGUUAAACUCGAACAACAACUGUAUAUAUAUUUACUGCAAAGAUAUUUAUUAUGGAAAUACCGGUCGGAUUCCGAAUCGAGAAUGAAAUAUGGGAAAUUAAUGUAUAAUAGAUUCCAAAUGGCCACCACCCUUGGUGACCAUAUGGUGAAGCCGUUUCGG